AUGGCUAUUCAAGCUCAGAUGUAUUCAGGUUUUGGCUUUGAGGGCUCUCAAGAUUAUUUGACGGACAAUGCCUGUGGGUUAAAUUUCACAACCCAACAGCAGAAAUUGCAGGAUGAACAACAAUUGAUGCGGAGAGUACCACCAGGUCAACCAACACCAUUUAUGUCAAGGUACAACACGGAUUAUCAGCUCUCAGGGGCAUUUUAUCAAACAGUUUGUGCUCAGUUUGACAAACAGAGAAACGAAAUCGAUCUGUUCAUCAGUUCACAGAAUGAGAGAUUGAGAAUGGCGGUGCAAGAGAAGAGGAGACAGCAAACGUCGCAGUUCAUGAAGAAAUACGAAUCGAAGAUCCAAAAUAUAAUCAGGCAAAAAGAUGAAGAAAUCGAAAAGGCCGGGAAAAGGACGGCGGAGCUCCAGGAUUACCUGAGGAGGAUGGAAAUCGAGAGGCAGACAUGGCAGAGUGCGGCGAGGGAGAGCGAGGCGGCGGCGGCGUCUCUGAGCAGCGCGAUCAAUCGGCUGCGGGAAGCGGCCGGUGGCGGCUGCGGCGCGGCCGGAGACGCCGAGUCGUGCUGCUGUCCUGGAGACGGCGAUGGGAUGGGUAAACUUGGGAAUUUGGAGGGGAAAAUGAUUUGUAAGAUGUGCAAUGUUAGGGUUUCGUGUAUGAUUAUGCUGCCGUGCAAGCAUCUGUGCUCGUGCAGGGACUGUGAGGCGUUGCUUGAGUCAUGCCCUGUUUGUAAAGUGGCGAAACGAGCAAGUAUAGAGGCUUUGAUUUAA